AUAGGACAACACCUGGACGACUCAGCAAAACAACAGAUCCCGGAUGGUGCUGACUAUAUGCAACGCUUUAUGAUACAAUAUCGCAAGUACAUCGCAUUUCUCUUCCCAGUAGUUAUCAUGCAGACGUUGUGGUGGCUGACGGCGAUCCGACACGGUUGGCUGACACUGUUCAGAACGCACUGGCACAUGCCGUUGAUCAUGGUUCUGGGAGCUAUCGUUGCAGGAAUGACAUCUGAAGGAGGAGGUGCAGUUGCGUUUCCAUUCAUGACACUCGGCCUACACAUCGAUCCUAUCACUGCCAGGGAUUUUUCACUUCUUAUGCAGUCAGUAGGAAUGAUGUGCGCUUUAUUCGUCAUCGUAUUUAUGCAGGUGCAGAUUGAACAAAGAGCUGUGCUAUGCGGAACGAUCGGUUCGAUCCCAGGAUUAGUUUUUGGAUUUGAAAUAUUCGAUCCGUUGCUCGAUGCUGCACAGAAGAAAAUGCUAUUUGUCUCCAUAUGGACGUCGUUCGCCAUCGCAUUAUUCAUUUUGAACUCCCAAAGGAAAAGAACGACUUACAAGACGAUUAUCGACUUCAAACCUUGGAAGGCCAUGGUUUUGGUUGCCACUGGUUUCAUAGGAGGAAUUUUCACAGCGUUCGCUGGCUCUGGUGUUGAUAUUUGUAUUUUUUCCAUUGUCACAUUGCUAUUUCGUGUCAGUGAAAAAACUGCCACUCCUACGACAGUUGUGCUUAUGGGUCUUAAUUCAUUGGUUGGAGCGUACUACCGUCUUAUUUGGAAGGGGGAUGUGUCAAAGCUGGCAUUAGACUAUCUGAAGGUUUCCAUACCGGUUGGAGUGACAUUGGCACCGUUUGGUAGUUUUUUGGGAUCUCAUUUUCAUCGACAGGUUCUUGCGACGUUCAUCUACGUAUUGGAGACCAUUUCUGUAAUUGGUUUCUUGCUAACCAAACCGGCUCGUUAUUUAGGGAAAAAAUUUGUCUCUAUGGCAUGUAGUGCUGCAUUUUUCUAUCGCGUUGAGAACCUGUGCAAAAAGCCUUCACUGUCAUUAUUUGGAUACUUGGAUUGA